UCAAAGGUAGCAUCGAAAUAUAUAUUGUAUAUAUAUAUAUUUGUGAUAUUGUAAUCAGUUGAAAACACAAGAGCAUUUUUGAAACUUUCAGAGAGUCAACUCUUUCUGAUAUUUAGAUUAUUGAUUUUUCAAAAAAAAAAGCGUCAAUCUUCAGGCAACAAGACUGAAUAUAAGUCGGAGGCUAUUUCCAUACAUAACCACUCAUCUUACAACAGCUUGCUGUAUGUCGGUUAAACCUAAUACAACGUCAAUAUUUGGGGUCAAUAAGUCCUUGGUGAAUACCUCUUCACUAUGGCUUUCCACCACAAAUCCAGAGAACCGAUUGCCAUCUCUUAGCAAAUCGCGGAUGAUCAAGGAUGUGUGGGCUGAUAACCUCGAAGAAGAGUUUGCCGUUAUUCGUUCACUAAUUAAGGACUACCCUUUUGUUUCCAUGGAUACAGAGUUUCCAGGUGUAGUAGCGAAGCCUGUGGGUAGCUUCAAAACAACACACGAGUUUUACUACCAAACUCUGCGAUGCAAUGUGAACUUACUUAAAAUAAUCCAGCUAGGCAUUACACUUCUCAAUAGUAAGGGUGAAGUCCCUGAACAUUGCUCUACCUGGCAGUUUAAUUUUCGCUUCAGUCUCAAUGAAGACGUAUAUGCACAGGAUAGUAUAGAGCUCCUGCGGCAAGGUGGAAUCAACUUCGAUUAUUUCACCGCGUACGGCAUCGAGGUCACGCAUUUCGCUGAGCUUCUGAUAUCUAGUGGUCUUAUCCUCAACCCGGAUAUUCGCUGGAUUGCCUUUCAUGCAGUCUACGAUUUUGGAUACUUGACGAAAAUUGUAUGCAACAAGGAUCUUCCCGAGAAAGAGGAAGACUUUCUUCAAAUCUUCCACGCCCUAUUCCCAAGCGUAUUCGACAUCAAGUAUCUUCUUCGUUCUAUGGAAUUAUCUCACUCGAUCGGACUUGAUUCACUCGCGGAGACGCUGAAAUUGCGCCGUUUCGGCACCACACAUCAGGCCGGGAGCGACUGUCUGUUGACAGGGCACUGCUAUUUCAAGAUCCUGCGGGAUAACCUAGGGGGCGUCACCCCCAACGCCAGUAACGGCAUCCUCUAUGGCCUGAGCGAAGAUGUUAUGUCGUCAGCCACACCAAGCAGCGCCCAGGCCGUUGCGCAGGUGAAUCAUACUGAAAGUAGUCAACAGGGGUAUGGCAGUCCCAUGAUGGGGUAUGGGGGAACAAAUGCAGCCUUUCCAUCCUCACCUUUGCCGGCAAAUAACUUCAAGUAGACAUGAGUUUUGUGGUGGUCCAGUUUCCCUCGAAAUUAUGACAUGAACAACCUCCCAAAGCAAAUGCUGCCGAAUUAGAGCUGGUAAAGUGUUACCCCUUGGGCAUUAUAUGUAAAUUUUGUUUACACAUAUACCUAAUUGGGGCCAAAGACAUAUAGCUAUGAAUAUAAAAUAGAUACGCUCUGCCCUUUGAGGAUUCCCAGUUUUCUGGAAUCGAUAAACAUGGUGCAUUGCAUAUUUUCUACAAUACAUUAAAAGUGAAAAAAUACCGUUUCCUAUCUUCAUGAAGAUAUAAGCCACUUUAUUGACCCUAAAGCUAAA